UGAUGUAAGGGGAGCCGAGAUGAGAAAGCCAGGCGAUGUCUCCUAUUCAAACCUUGUUGUGUUGAUGGUAUUUGACGUUCAAAGUUUCCUUCUGACGAUUUUAUCUUCCUAGCACAGAAACGCCGCUAUGGAUGAUGAAAAAGAGAAUGCGACAGAGAGACCAGUUGUAGGACUCCGGCCUGGCAAGAGGAGGAAUUCAAUCCUGAAGGAGUCGCCAGCAAGGACUGCUUACCAUGAGAGACGUUCAUUGAAUUUCAAGAAGCGAGUGUCCUUCUCAGGAACAAAUAUAGUCAAGGAGUACAAGGCUCAGCGUUGUGGCAACACUGAGUGGGACAACUCUUAUGAGAUGCCAGUGGUGCACCAUGACAGCUCAACAUCCACCCUGCCCACUCCAACCAGCAAUUCCAAGUCUGUCAGAUAUGAGGCUGAUACCAGUAUUGGCAUAGCAGCUGCAUCAUCACUACAUCACACUGCUACUCAGCUUAGUCAGAAUGAAAAACUCUUAUCCCUCACACAUACUGAGAUAACUCGACUGUCUUCAGUAACAGUGAGUGAUAGCACCACUUCAAGAGUGUAUGACAGGCCGCUCAUAUUUCCACCAUCACCUUCACGAGACAAUAAUGAAGAUGAUACAAACAUGCAGAAGGAUUUCCUUGCAGAGUUUCUGGCUCUCCCAACCUCCAAGACUGAACCCUCAUCACCAUCUGCUGAAGAUGGUGGUGAUACAUCAGACACUAAAAACUUUCUCAACAAGAUUUUAGCUUUGCCAUCUGCCACCCCCACAACCUCAGGUCCCCUGCAAUACAAGGAGGUGCUACAGAGCAAGGACAGGACCUGUUUAAGGAGCAAGUCCACCACCCCAUCCUGUGACAUGGAGAUGACUGGUCCUGUGGGUCAGGUCAUCAGAGGGUCACAAGAGAUGGACCACAACAUGGAGAUGACUCGUCCUGUGGGCCAGGUCAUCAGAGGGUCACAAGAGGUGGACCACAACAUGGAGAUGACCUAUCCUGUGGGUCAGGUCAUCAGAGGGUCACAAGAGGUGGACCAGAACAUGGAGAUGACUCGUCCUGUGGGUCAGGUCAUCAGAGGGUCACAAGAAGUGGACCAGAACAUGGAGAUGACUCGUCCUGUGGGUCAGGUCAUCAGAGGAUCUCAAGAAGUGGACCACAACAUGGAGAUGACUCAUCCUGUGGGUCAGGUCAUCAGAGGAUCAUAUGAGAUUGACCACACCAUGGAGAUGACCUGUCCUGUGGGCCAGGUCAUCAGAGGAUCUCAAGAAGUGGACCAGAACAUGGAGAUGACCCGUCCUGUGGGUCAGGUCAUCAAAGGGUCACAAGAAGUGGACCAGAACAUGGAGAUGACCCAUCCUGUGGGUCAGGUCAUCAGAGGGUCACAAGAAGUGGACCAGAACAUGGAGAUGACCCGUCCUGUGGGUCAGGUCAUCAGAGAGUCACAAGAAGUGGACCAGAACAUGGAGAUGACCCGUCCUGUGGAUCAGGUCAUCAGAGGGUCACAAGAAGUGGACCAGAACAUGGAGAUGACCCGUCCUGUUGGUCAGGUCAUCAGAGGGUCACAAGAAGUUGACCAGAACAUGGAGAUGACCUGUCCUGUGGGUCAGGUCACUGCAUUAACACAUAGGGUUGAAAUGGCCAGUGAACCUGGCGUGACAACACAGAUCAUCAGGUCAGACCAAGAGGUGGACCAGAACAUGGAGAUGACCCAUCCAGUGGGUCAGGUCAUCAGAGGGUCACAAAAGGUAGACCACAACAUGGAGAUGACCUGUCUUGUGGGUCAGGUCAUCAGAGGAUCACAAGAGGUAAACUGCAACAUGGAGAUGACCUGUCCUGUGGGUCAGGUCAUCAAAGGGUCACAAGAGGUGGACCAAAACAUGGAGAUGACUCGUCCUGUGGGUCAGGUCACUGCAUUAACACGUAGGGUUGAAAUGGCCAGUGAAGCUGGCGUGACAACACAGAUCACCAGGUCAGACCAGGAGGUGGACCAGAACAUGGAAAUGACCUGUUCAGUGGGUCAGGUCAUCAGAGGGUCACAAGAGGUAGACCACAACAUGGAGAUGACCUGUCCUGUGGGUCAGGUCAUCAGAGGAUCUCAAGAAGUGGACCAAAACAUGGAGAUGACCCGUCCUGUGGGCCAGGUCAUCAGAGGGUCACAAGAGGUGGACCACAACAUGGAGAUGACCCAUCCUGUGGGUCAGGUCAUCAGAGGGUCACAAGAAGUGGACCAGAACAUGGAGAUGACCCGUCCUGUGGGCCAGGUCAUCAGAGGGUCACAAGAAGUGGACCAGAACAUGGAGAUGACCCAUCCUGUGGGCCAGGUCAUCAGAGGGUCACAAGAAGUGGACCAGAACAUGGAGAUGACCCGUCCUGUGGGUCAGGUCAUCAGAGGGUCACAAGAGGUGGACCACAACAUGGAGAUGACCCAUCCUGUGGGUCAGGUCAUCAGAGGAUCUCAAGAAGUGGACCAAAACAUGGAGAUGACCCGUCCUGUGGGCCAGGUCAUCAGAGGGUCACAAGAAGUGGACCAGAACAUGGAGAUGACCCGUCCUGUGGGCCAGGUCAUCAGAGGGUCAAAAGUAGUGGACCAGAACAUGGAGAUGACCCGUCCUGUGGGUCAGGUCAUCAGAGGGUCACAAGAAGUGGACCAGAACAUGGAGAUGACCUGUCCUGUGGGUCAGGUCAUCAGAGGGUCACAAGAAGUUGACCAGAACAUGGAGAUGACCUGUCCUGUGGGUCAGGUCACUGCAUUAACACAUAGGGUUGAAAUGGCCAGUGAAGCUGGCGUGACAACACAGAUCACCAGGUCAGACCAGGAGGUGGACCAGAACAUGGAAAUGACCCGUCCAGUGGGUCAGGUCAUCAGAGGAUCACAAGAGGUAGACCACAACAUGAAGAUGACCUGUCCUGUGGGUCAGAUCAUCAGAGGGUUACAAGAGGUGGACCAGAACAACAUGGAGAUGACCCAUCCUGUGGGCCAGGUCAUCAGAGGAUCACAAGAGGUAGACCACAACAUGGAGAUGACCUGUCCUGGGGGUCAGGUUAUCAGAGUGUCACAAGAGGUGGACCAGAACAACAUGGAGAUGACCCAUCCUGUGGGUCAGGUUAUGAGGUCACAAGAGGUGGACCAGAACAGCAUGGAGAUGACCCGUCCUGUGGGUCAGGUCAUUAGAGGGUCACAAGUGGUAGACCACAACAUGGAGAUGACCUGUCCUGUGGGUCAGGUUAUCAGAGUCUCACAUGAAGUGGACCAGAACAUGGAGAUGACCCAUCCUGUAGGUCAGGUCAUCAUAGGAUCACAAGAGGUAGAGCAGAACAUGGAGAUGACCCAUCCUCUGGGUCAGGUCAUCAGAGAGUCACAAGAGGUGGACCACAACAUGGAGAUGACCCAUCCUGUGGGUCGGGUCAUAAAACCUAAGGAGGUGGCCUGUCUUGUAAAUCAAGCCCAUGAUAUGGAAAUGACCUGGCCAUUGGCUGAGCUCAGUAGGUCAUCCCAGCAAGUGAACCAGAGUGUGGAUGUAAUCUAUCCAGUCUCGAGGCCAGGAUGUCAACCUCAGCUUGCCAUGUCUCCUCAUAAUGUUGAUGACUAUGUGGAUAACACCUUGACCAACAUCAACCCCAACUUGACAUCAUCUGAGGACCAGGACGUGGAAUUAUCUUGUCAAAUCACCAGGUCAGCUCAAGAUAUGGAGAUGACCCAUGCUGAGAGUCAGGUCAAUGCAUCCACUCAAAAUAAUGAGGUGACUUGUCCUGUGAUUCUUGUCACCAGACCAUCCACAGAGACAAACCAUUCUGUAUUGGGGAACAUCAGACAAUCUCAGGAGGUGGAUCACAACAUUGAGGUUAGCCAUCCUGUAAGUAAUCUCAGCAGGUCAAGCCAUGAGGUGGCUGUAGAUCUGGCCAGCAGUACCAGAGGCAGGUCAAGCCAUGAGGUGGCUAUAGAUCAGGCCAGCAGUACCACCAAGAAGCAAGAUCAAGCAGUGUCCAUUCUUGGUAAACGAACUCCAUCUUCAGAGUGCUCAGACACCCCUGCACCCAAACUGUUUGCAUCAUGUACAUCCCAAGCCUCUCCAGAUACUGCUGUUUCCACACAUUCUCACUCCACUACUAUACCUUGUUCAUCCCCACACCCUGUGCCAGCAACACCUUCCAUAUCACCAGAAACCUUACCCACAUCAUUACCCCUGAGCCCACACUGUUCACCAUCCUUACUAAUGUCAUCCAUACACAUUGCAUCCUCAAGCCCAGAUACCCACAUUUCUUCUUCAACUGCCACAUCUGAGCCAUCUUCCUCUUCAUUCAUGGCUCCCCAACCUGCUACCUUGCCAGCACCUGAAACUCCAUCUUGCUGCCCUAGUUGGUGUUCCCUCCGUGCUGGUUCAGUAAUCCCUCACCCAAAUAGUGAAAGAUAUAAGUGGCACCUGCAUGAGGUGAAGGGAGACAAGUGGUGCCUGAAUCUGCUCCACAGUCCCUUAUUUGUGUACCUCACACUGGCCCACCACUCCCAAUACCACCAUAUCAUUACUAGUGCUGACACCAACUUAAAAAGUCAGAAUAUGAGCAAUCCAGUUGGCCGGCUGGUGCUGAAUGUGCUGGGCUGCCGUCUUGAUGGUGCCAUGCCAGGCCUGGUGGGUGCGGUGGUGUGUGAGGCAGGUGCUGCCCUGGAAAAGCUGCUUGAAGCAUAUCUCUCUGCCCAUGACCUCAUGGUGGAACUCAACCUAAUCAAGUUUCUCCACUGUACUAAAUUUACUCCUAACAGUAUCAAGGUCAGCUUGAGUAGCUACAAGAACCACUUAAGCCUGGAAGUGGAGGUGAGGUUGGAGCCACCCUCACCCCAGCCAGAUGACCCCUACACUCUCCAUCCCUCUGUCAACAUCAAGAUUGGCAAUGGCAAGCUGAGGAAGGAUGAGGUGAAGGCACUGAUGACAGAUGUGGCUCCAGGACCACAACAGAUUCUGAGGCUGGUGACUACUGUGCAUCAGAUGGUGAAGAAGACCUCGUGAUGACUGCAUUAAAAUACAUCUUCCCUUUUCUGUCUUUUAUAAGGUUUUUAUAUAUGCUCUUUUGUUUGAGGCACUUGAGCAUUAGCAUUGCAGUAAUAGUGACCAUAAAGGUUCAAAGAUUGGAGACUGCUAUCAUCCACUAAUGUUGCUACAGCUUUCCCCAUGCUCUACCUUGCUUUUGUGGAGUUAUUACUUAUGAUGUCUUUAGAUUAUAACUGGAUAUGACUUGGGAGUUGGAAAGAUUUUCUGGGAAAUUUAAUUUUUUUAUUCAUUUAUUUAUUUAUAAUUUUUUUUUAGGGUGGUUUAUUCCUUUCCAAAAGUGCCAUUUAUGUUGUAUUCUUCAUUAGAAAUCUUGUAUUCUUAAAGGUAUGAUGAUCAGAUAAUGUUACAAGGCUCAGCAUUUGAUUUAUACUCUGGCAAUUUGCUUACUUAAUGAUGUAUCAAAAAGCAAAAAUGUUUUAGGUUUGGAUGCUCUUUAUCUUCAACAGUGAUGUAAAUACCGAUGUGUACUUUCAAUACUGAUGCAUAUUAAAUUGAAAGAUGUUCCAAGACUUUCUAACAGACUAAUGGAAAUUGUGAUACUUUUUAAAAUGAAGGUGUGAAUAAAUAAAGUGAUGGAAAAGUUG